AAGGUGUCAUUUUCUGUGCCACCAAAGCCAAAGGAGCCUGCCCUUACAGAAGACGAACUUCGAAGUAUUUUGCCUGCUUCGUUCCGCAAUGGUACCGCCUGGGUAGGCCCGCCACACAACCGUGUUCGAUACUUUCUGGCGGACGACCUCAACAUGGACAAGUUGACCGAAGCCUCGGCCUACUUCUUCCUCCUCGGAAAGGUCAAGUCUCCUCGACCUCUCCACUACCAGCAAGCUCUCGGCCUCGAGAUCCAGGUCAGCGAGCGGAUGGACACGCACCUGCUCUGGGCCAAGGGCAAGAUCUACAUCAAGCCGCUUCCACAAUACGUUCUCGAGCCCAAGUUUUGGUCAGAAUACCUUGAAUGUCCCAAAUCGUGCCGGUACUCUUCCGACUUUCGUCUUCUUCGAGAGUCGGGGCUCAUGCGGCGCAUUGCCCAGUUCUCCGAGGAGGUGCCCUGCGAGCACAGCAAGCUCUGGCAGUGCGCCAUGGGCUUCGUGUACUCGUACAUCGCUCUUAUCGCGCACGAGAGCGACUUUGCCAUUGCAAAGUCACACAAGCUGAUACCUGCCAGCUUGGAGUUCCACGAGUGGAAGCUGUUUGUUGAUCGCAUGCUCCGCGGCGGCAAGAUUUACAGCCAGAUCGACGAGCGCUUCGUCUAUGGCGAGCUGGACCUGGCCCGCCUCAACACCGUCAUGAUGCUUCAUCGCCCUCUUCGUUAUCUGUCACCAUGGGGCGGUGACUCGGAGGGCUUCUUCCAAGGCCACCGAUUCUCGCCGCUACCGGCCUUGUCCACCGCCGUGGUCUCUAUUUUGUUCUCUUCGGAGCAGGUGAAGCUGGUGGUGACGAAGCUCAAGGAAAACAAGUUCCUAGUCUUGGUUGUUUUGUUCAGCUGCAUGUGGGCAAUCUUGUACUCGAUCUUGUUCAUCAGUGGAAGAUCUCGAUAA